AUGUCAGGAAACUCCAGCGUCGGCAACUCCCAGGUCUACGAGGCGGGCGACCAACGUCCCGACCCUCAACAAGGCGAGGACCACAGCAACGCAUAUGAGGAAGGAAAGGAGAACUCUCACCAGGCCAAUGAUUCGAAGGACCAACGCAGUAUCGGCAACCGUCUCGCGGCUGCAGGCCCCCAAAACGACAGCUCCUCAGGCAAGGCCCUGAGCGCCGAGGACAAGGCUGCUAGAGAGGAUCCCACACUGCCGGCCAAGAUGCAUGGCAACGAGCCUUCGAAAGGCGCGAAGAUCGACAAAGAGAUUGAGGAUGAAGAGGCGGAAAUUAUCGCGAAGAAGGACGCCGCCAAGGCACAGUCAAAGAAGCACUAA